AGUGAGCGGGACCGGGCGCACUUGUGUUGUGUUAGUUAGUGGAGGUCGGCUGUGUCUGUGCGCUUGUUUCAUUUGUUGUUUUUUUUCUCGCUUGUGUAAAAUGGGAUUCUGACAGCAGCGGGGGCUGCGGGCGCCGCCGGCUCCUCCUGACCGGAAAAUGAAGCGUCUCUGUCGGAGGCUGGCGGUGGCCGUGGCGGUGCUGGUGUGGCUGGGAGCGCUGGUUUACCUGCUGGUGUUGAGCCGGAGGAAGCUGCCGGAGCUCGGUACCGGAGCGGGAGCAGGAGUAGCGGGAGGCGGAGAGACGGCGUACAACCAGAUUUCGGAUGCAGAGUGGGAGGACAUGUUGGAGGGCUUUGAUGAGCGGGGUUACCUGAGCGCUCGGCGCUGGAAGCCUGGUGACGACCCGUACACCCUGUACGCUUUCAACCAGAGAGAGAGCGAACGCAUCCCCAGCAACCGAGCCCUGAGAGAUACCAGACACUACAGGUACAAAGAAACCUUAAAAAACCUCACAAGAAAGAAACAUAAAACACCCCACAAACAUACAACACAGCACACAGAUACAGAAACUUACAUAGAAACAAGAGCACACGUGCACUGUCUGCACACAGAGAUCUCAUGCAACACUGAACACUUGUGUAGUGUGUAAGAUGUCAGGUGAGGUCGAGAAAAUGCAUAUCGUGUGUGGCAAACUUUAUCAGUAUAACCCGAGUAACACAGCAGUGUGCUGUGUUCAACCUGACCUCUGGAGGGAUAUGUUUAUUAUACACACACUCCACAGUGUGAUGUAUGAAUCUGUCAAAAGUGCACUGAAUAAAAAGGGAGCUUAUCAGUACACACACAAACCAAACUCCAGUAGCCUGCAGGCGUA